CGGCGCUCGGCCAAUGAACGGCGACGAUGCUGGAGGGUGGUAGCACGGCGCUAGAGAUGGCGGGGUUGCGGCGGCGGUGAAACGGAGCAGGUUGUCAAUUAUUUCACAUUCCACUUCCCGUUGUGCCGCCGUCAUGCUGCUGUCGCUAGUGGUACACACGCACUCGCUGCGCUACUGGUUGCCCGCCGCCGUGAUGUUGGGCACUGCGCCCGCCUACCUGCUCAGCUGGGCCGCCUGGCGCCUCCUGUCACUGCUACUACCCGCACGCUUCUACCACCCGGUGGACGACCGGCUCUACACUGUCUACCAGAGCGUCGUGCUCUUCUUUUUCGAGAACUACACUGGGGUGGAGAUUAUUAUAUAUGGAACCCUGCCAAGCAAAAAGGAGAAUGUGAUAUACUUGUCUAAUCAUCAGUGCACAGUUGACUGGAUCAUUGCAGACAUGUUGGCAAUCAGACAAAAUGCACUAGGCCAUGUGCGUUACGUCCUGAAGGAUGGACUGAAGUGGCUUCCGUUGUAUGGAUGGUACUUCUCUCAGCACGGAGGAAUAUAUGUCAAGCGAAGUGCCAAAUUUAGUGAAGAGGCAAUGACAAGUAAACUACACCAACAGAUAAAGUCAGGUACUCCAACUUACCUUGUAAUUUUCCCAGAAGGAACCCGUUACAACCCAGAUCAUCCCCAAGUGAUUGCAGCAAGCCAGGCUUAUGCUCGUAAAGAAGGGCUACCAGAGUUAAGCCAUGUAAUGUCUCCACGUGUGAAGGCGACACAGAUAGCAGUUAACACCUUGAGGUGCCACCUGGAUGCAGUGUAUGAUAUCACAGUAGCAUACGAAGGAACCGUGAAAAGUAAUGGGCAGCGGACAACAGCUCCUUCCAUGCCAGAAUUCUUGUGCAGGGAGUGUCCAAGGAUACACAUUUUCUUCGAACGUAUAGAUCUAAAAGAAAUUCCAGAGGAAACUAUUUUCUUGAAGAGAUGGUUACAUGAACGCUUCGAAGUUAAAGACAGGUUGCUUUCAGAGUUCUACGAAGCAGAUCAUGAACAGAAGAAGUACAGAUUUCUUGGAGAAGGACGCCCAUCACAGUUGAGCCUUCUGAGGACUCUGCCAUCCCUGCUCUUUCUUUGUGGUCUGACAGUCCCCAUGCUCAUGACGGAAACUGGAAGGAAGAUUUAUAUGAAGACGUGGUUUUAUGGGACUUUAGUGGGCUGGUUUUGGGUGAACAUUAGACCUUGAGAAGCCAACUUUUGAAAUUUUAAUUAAAUUGAGUAAUCCAAACAUAAUUGCUUACAUAGCAUUUUUUGGAAGUUACCUUUAAAGUGGGAUUUCUAAAUCGCCCUUGAAGAAAUUUUAUAUUCUAAUGAAAAACGUUUGCCUUAAUGACAGAGACGAGCAUAUUGCAGUAAUGCUCCUGUUUAGUAUGGUUGUAAUGUAGUGGUAAUAAUUACCUGCUCAAUGUAGUUCUAAAGCCCUGAUGUGUUUCUGUGCAUUUUGAAGAAGAAAAUGUUGUCUGUUGCAAGAAUUCAUAUGGUGUAAGAAUGGAACAUUGUGGGAAAGUGCUUGAUUUGAUGUUAUGAUUAACUCUAGGUGUAACAUGUCAAGGGACGAAAGUUUGAUCACGUCGUAUUUGUUUGCAUCGAGUCUUCUAUUUAAUGUUCGACAUUAAUCAGAGGGUCUUCAAUUGUUAGUGCUUCAUUGCAUUUUAUUCUAAAUUAAGGGUGUCAUUACAACCAAUUUAUGGCACUGGUGCUCUGAAUGAUAAGCGCAGGCAAAUUGAUUUAUGGUCCUCUACACUACUGUUAUCUAAGUAUAAUGUUCUCAUAAGAACAUUUAUGGUACAAUAUAAUCAUUUUGUGGAGGGGAGGGAGCAAUGAAGUUCUGAGCGUGUUGCUGAAAGGUUGAUAAAAUACUUAAUUUCAGUUACUAACUGCUAAAUUUUGUAAAGCAAUGAUUUUUAAAUAUAUCUAAUUACUGUGGCAUUUCAGGUUGUAUGUGUAUGUACUAAAUGUACAUAAACGUCAAGUUGCUGGGCUGAAAACAUUUGUUGUCAUUGGUGUAUUCAUCACCUUGAAUACCAUCACCUGAGAAAAACUCCUAGCACAGGCAACUUAGGUGGGUUACACAAUAUUGACCUUGCUGUGGAUAAAUGUUGAAGAAUCUGCCACUUGUCUGUUUAAUCAUUGUUUUGCCUUGCAAUUGUGAACUGUUUAACUGUGAUGUGCCGAUGACUGUAUUUACAGAAAGCAUGUGCCUUUUGCCUGUUACUGUCUGAUCCAUUCUCAAUACCGAUGAACGACAGUCUUAAUACACAGGCAUGUUCAAAAUCCUUCACAAUUACAACUGGAUCUGUCUGUGGACAAUUUGUACUCUGACUAGUGAAGGAAGGUCAGAACUUCCAUGUGUAGUUUCUCCCCUCAGGAUCAAUGGAAAAUCCCAUUUUGUACCAAGUGUACAAACUCAACUUUUUAAUCUUGCUGACAGUUUAUAAUUCCUUCAUAUACUAUUUGAGUUACGCCGGCUGGUGGCAUAGUGGCAUCAGCACUGGACUUCGGGGCGAGAGGUCUCGAGUUCGAAUCUGACCAGCACCUUUGCACGCUCUCCAUCCAUGCCUGGGUUGAGGCUAGCAACUCGACCUCGUAAAAAAAACAUGGCAAGGGAUGGACUCCGCCAGGUUUCAGAUGCGUGCCGCACGAUGAGCAAUCACCAAAAAGAUCAGUACAAAAAGCUUGUCAUGACGGCGCCCCGACAACUCCACCAGGAGUUAAGGCGCACACACAUACUCACAGACACACACACACACACACUUACUUGUGAUUGGAAUUGUGCUUAGGAUUGCUGAUUUGUUAAUUCCAUCCUUAAUUUCAUUUACCUCAAAUACAAUUUGAGCUAAGUAUUUAUAAUUUGUGGAUUUUAUCCCUGGCCUGAUUACAUAAAUUCCUUUUUUUCCCUGGAGCACAGUUGUGGGCUAAUGGGAAGUGUUAUCUAUAAUUUUACAUAUUUUCAGGAGAAUCCAAACAAUUCAGUGCCAAAGUGAUUAAUCAUAGUUUCUUAUACAGAAUAAAAAUCUCCUUUAGCGCAGGUGGCUCCAAUUUUUAAAAGCACAUUUGUUUUAAUAUACAGUAUGUUUACAGCAUUUCCGUACCAUGAAUUUGCAUGCUGAUUUUUUUUAUUUUUUCAGCUUUUUUAAGCAUUAUAAUUUUGUGUAAUAUGUUACAUAAAUAAAUUCUGAUUAAAAUUUAA